AUGGCGACCAGCACGCCAAUCGAGUCGUCCCGCAUCGCACCCUACAUCAACGUGAGCGCGACUCCCCCACCGCCGGCGCCGCCACAAGCACCGAGGCAUCCGUCGGAGCGGCUCUUCCUGCCGCCGCAUUCCACCGCCGCCACAGUUGCCGUCAGCGGGGCGGCGGGUGCCAGAGGAGGUGGCGGAACGGCAGCCGCUGCCGCAGCCGCCGCUGCAGCGGCGGCAACCUUUCUUCCCUACGCCGCCGACCCUACGGGACUGCUCGCCGCCGCUCACCACUACUCGGCCGUUGCCGCAGCGGCGGCGGCGGCCGUGGCGUCGGGCCACGCGCCGCCACCCGUACCGCCGCCGUCCGUGCCUCCCCCGCCCUCCUCAGCCGCAGCGGCAGCCGCUGCGGCGAGCCUGCUAUUCUACCCGGCGCACAUGCCGUUUCCCGGCGGAUUGACCACUGCGCUCAUGGCUGCCGAGAGACUCACCACCAAGAACUCGAGCAUCGCCGACUUGCGACUGAAGGCUCAGAAACACGCCGCAGCUCUGGGCCUGUGA